AUGCCUCGUUAUUGGAAAGGAACAUUAACACAACCAUUUGGUGUUAAAUUAUUUCGUGGAAUUUGGCAUGCUCAUCCAAGGUGGAUGAAUAGAACAGUAAUAGUUAAAGAUAAUGAUGUCACUUCAUCUUUCAUGUUACUUAAUCGACUUAUGGAGAAUGAAGGUUUGUUGAAAAUUAUUAGAAAUAGUCAAUUCUAUAGAAAACCAUUUAUGCAAAGAAAAGAAAUGUCAAUAGCAGCUUCCAAAGCAAUUUUUAACGAAGAUAUGAAUUUAAAAAUAAAAUUUUUAUCAAGAAAAAAUAGAGUUGAUGCAUAUCCAGGACAGAUAUCAACAUAA